AUGAUAAGCAAUUAUUUUUCUUUUCGUUUUCUUCAACCUUUCAACUUCUUUUCUUCCUUUUCUCUUCUAUUUUUUCUCUUUUUUCUUUUUUCUUUCUUUCUUUUCCUUUUUCACUUUUUCUUUUCUUUUCCUUUUUCACUUUUUCUUUUUCAUGACUCUGUUACUGUUUUUUUCUCUCUCUCUCUGUCUGUCUCUGUUUCCCCGUCUUUUUUCUCUCUCCCUCUCUCUCUCUUUCUCUCUCUCUGUCUGUCUCUUUCUUUCUCUCUCUUUCUGUCUCUUUUAUUAUCUAUCUAUCUAUCUAUCUAUCUAUCUAUCUAUCUAUCUAUCCUUGAAAUCGACAUUGCUACUAUUAGUGAAGUCUUCAUUCGUGAGUCAGUGCAAUCUGAAAAGAAAAAUACAGAGCAGACUAAGACCAUACCUGGUCAGAAAAUCCAAAAUGUGCCUCUCUGGCGUGGGCUUAAGGAUGGAAGAUUUCAUCUUAAAACUCGCCAACUACUUCGCACAUUCCUUGGAACAAACUGCUACACAACAGACCGUUCAGCCUUUAUGCUUCAGCUCCAGACAAACCCUGUUUUAUACAGACCUUCACAGCCACCAGCCUAA